UUGACGUGUAGAAUGCAACGAGGGCCUAACCCAAUUUAUCAGUGCGAGCAGCACAACGGCCUUACUUGCGGGCCUUGUGCCCUACUUACGGGUGCUCUGCUUCUAUCGCGUAUUUUGCUUUUCUUUAUGGCUUGCCUGAGGUGAAAAACACGUGUCUUCUGCUUUGCUUCGUCGUGUACAGGACUUCAAAUCUGGAGUCGUAUUUCUGCUGCUGGAUGUUACGAAACCCCUAGGGUUGGUUGGCUUGUCAUCUUUCUUGUUUUCCCUCCAAAAACCACUAGCAGAGGCCCGUGCGACAAGGAAGUGCAUAACAGCAGUGAUAGCCGUAAUGGCAACCACAAACAUCAGUAAUUUCGGCUCGCUGCUGGCCCUUUACCCUUUUUCGUUCAUUCACGUCGUCAGUCCUAUAACUGUCGGAUUCUCGACGCUGCCAAUCCCAUAGGUUAGAGCCUAGAACCUUAAGUGUAUGUUAUUUAGUACUAAAUCAUUGUCUGGCAGUAAAACGUCCUCCUAUCAGGAUACAUGUUUGCGUGUGCAAAUAUAUGUAUAUAAUGAAGCGGAUGAGUAAGUCAUCUCCAUUUUUUGCGUAUUAUACUAGUUUCAAGCAAUAAUUAAAUAUUUAAAACUGGGUAUAAUCAUAGGAAGCUAGAAAUGACUCUUUUAACCGUAACAUAAUACUCGCAUUUGUCGGCUUACCAAUGAUCCGUACCGUAGAUACAAUAACAUAUCAUUUAUUAUUGAAUAAAUAUAUGCAAUAAAAAAGAAGGAAUAUAAAAUCGUGAGAAAUAUUUAUUCUUUAUUAUAAAAAGCUGAAAACUAAUUCCAAUAGCAAUGUCAAAAAGAGUUUAUUACGUGAGUUAUUCUUAUUAUAUACACGAUCACCUUCAAUGGAUGGAGCAACUUCGAUAACAAGCCAGGCCUAUUUUGUAUGUAUUAUUAUUUCUCAGCCUGGCUCUUUGGUUAGUCAUCAACUGGGCGUUGAGCCAUUAAGACAAGAGUUAAACAACUGACGAGCAACUUAAAAUUAGUUUUAUUAUUAGAUUGGACCUGCUGAUUCGUUCAAUCUUCCCUGCUCUAAAGGCUCAGUACCGCUUCGCUCGUCUAUUGAAACCUUCUCGAAGUUUCGCAGACUCUUUGUUUAACGACACCGUCGGCCGCGUUCCAUUGGUUUACCCAUUAUCAUCGGUGCCAGCCUGCACAGAGACGUAAAACUGGUAAAUACGUCAUUUAGGAGGUGAACGAGCGUUCGUUGUAUCUGCUUACAUUAGCCGUGUCGACCAGUAAAACGGUGACGUUUCUGCCACCAACGGCUCAUGUGCUCACUGCAGUAGUAACAGCAGCGAUGGUGGUAGGGUCAAAGGCAAACAGCAGAUCAGGUCAACUGGAAGGCCUGCUCGACUAGGUUUGGCGUACAUGGUAGCAGCAGCAGUAACCUAAGCAAAUCGGUAAGCACGACGAAAAGCGGCUCCCCGUUGGGUUUAGCGGUCCCUUCUCAUAACAACAGCAGCAGCAAAUGGCCAACAUGUGGUAGACGCGAUGUUGGUGAGCGACGACGGCUGCUGGUAGCAAAACCAGCGACGUGCCAAGGGUACCAGCCAGUUAGCCAGAGCGAAUUGCCCCGCCUAUUCCCUUGGCUUUUAAAGGUCCCCUUGCACCAAGAGCCUUCACUGACUCGAUGACGACCAGGCAACGAGAACCCUCUGCGACAUUCGACGGCGUUUCUAACAGGCUCGUUCCCUUUUACCCGUCGCUUUUCGAACCACAAUUUUUAACCCAAAAUUUAUUGAACUCGCGGAUCUGCUCUGUAUAGGUUUCCGCAGUAUCGAAGUCUAUGUCUAUAUGACGUAUACUGCAUUAAAUGUCUUCGUGAGUCCUUGUCAUUGAAGUGUACCUCGGUCAAGGACCGACAUAGUGUAGAAACAGCCAAGGAACGAGUAAUUUUCAUGGCGGCACUGGCCUCGAGCUGAAAGUCCCUUUUGACAGAGUAAGGGACAAUUUAAGGUGGAUUAGAGUGCAACGUGUUGUCUCUCGAUGCUGGCAUGUUGUUUGCCAGUUUAAGCUCUGACCGCCUUAGAAGAGCCUGCACAUGACCAUUUUCAUCUCUGCAUCGCAAGCAGCUCUCGAGGAUUUGCGCAUCAAGUAAAAUCACGGAGCUUAACUUUCGAAAAGAGUGUAGUAAGCAAUUCAACUGGGUCUUUUGGGUUCGAACAGCUACGAUUGGUCAGCGAGGAGGCGCAGAGAGAAAAAACAACCGGCGUCAUGGCUCGUUUAACAGUCGCCCACCCUUUCGCACUUGGCGGUCUGCUACUAAGAAAGGUUUUGCGAUUUACAAAAAUUAUCUUCAUGAGUCGAUUCACUGAACCAAACCUCUGCAGCCUUCCUAAACCCUCCAAGCGCUGUCUCUAACAGGCAACUUAUUCAAUACCUCUCCGUGUACGUGGCCAUCCUAAUCGCUAAUGGCUUCUUCGUGCACCAGCUUCUAUAUCUACGUAACAAAAGAACUACCUAUUGCUUGUCGCUGCCGCUGUUAUGACUGGGCAUAUAGUUGAGCAACGAAUGGUAAGAACGCAGGAAGCUGCUGGCAAAAAUGAACCAACAACUUGAAACUGAAACUCCUAAUAGUAUGAAGCAGUCGGAUCCGAACCAUCAGCGUUAUGGUAAAGAAAGUAACCCCUGUCAGGACAUAACUCAACGUUUAACAGCCCUGAUCCGCCGUCUAAAGAAAGCGAGUACGGCAGGGCGAAGCCGCCAAGUUCUGCUACGGUAGCAGAAUGCAGUUAAGGAAGGCAGGAUGUCUAGCUAUGUACGUGUGUUACGCAGCCACGUACAAGGUGUCGUCGAUGACUUUGAGCGCCAUCCAUUAAUACGUAAACAAUGAAAUUCUGCCCGACCCGCGCUCACAAAGAUCACGACUAUGCCCAAAUCAAGCGCCAGGUUAAAAUAGAUGCUAAAUAAUAUAGACGAUGGGAUAAAGGUUUCCAACGCAGUGAGCACAUCCGAGCUACCAUGAAGUAAAUACCCGCAGAAUAAGCGCUCGUUCUCGCAAACAAAUCCAAAUGUACAUAUCUAUAGUGUAGGAAUUGCAAGGACGUACACUAUUAGAUUGUGGUCUUUUAGAAAUCUGAAUAAUAUCAUUAUAUGCGGAUCUGGAAUACGGCGAGAAUAGCGUGAGAAGACGUAAGCAAGACUAAGCGGCAUAACCAGCACCUGAAUUUGAGAGACUUGCGAUAGUGGACAGGGAGCUUCGAUACGUCAUUGCAAUACAGAGCCAUUCAACAGACUCGGAGCGUUUAACAACUUCGUCUUGCUACGAAACAAUCAUGAGCAAAGCAGUUAUAAUAGUUAUAAUAAACUUACAUAUUGUCAACUGGCUGGUGCCAUAAACUUCACAAGUUUUAAGGAUACGAACCUGAAAACAUUAACAACAUUCAUAACAGACAAAAUAACCCGAGUGUUUACCGAUUGGUUUUUGUAACUUACAGUUUAGAAAGUUGUUAGUUAAUGUUCAGAAUCGAAGACCAGGUACUUGUGAGUGAUUGGACGCAUAUGAGUGAACCAUAUAAUGCUUAAAUUUUCGUGUUUAAAAUAUUAACAUGUGGAACAACUAUGGAUUCUGCUUGGAAGAAGGACAAGGUUUCGCAAAAACCUUAAAGCUCUAUUUGUUCAUGUAUUAUGUGUCGAUGGUGAAGCUUAGACUCUGGCUUUUCCACCAAAUGCACACCCGUUUGUUGAAUAUAAAUGGAUAAACAAAAUCUCCGCGAACGAGGCUAGAAAGCAACAUAAGAUGAAGUAAACUAUAUUCGAUAGUCAUUACAAAUAAUAAGGGAUACUUGAUAUCUCUCACAGAUGCAUGGGCGUAAAAAAUUUAAAUCCAACUACGAUCACACAAUUUUUUUAAAAGAUGAGCAACUCACCAUCAUUGCUGGCACUAAAAAUCAUUGUGUGAUCUAUUGCCAGGUUCCGUUCUCUCUCAAAUAAAUUUUUGGAAAAAAUUUGGAAAGAACGUGAAAAAUUGGGGAACAGCCAGGCAUUCAUGGUCACCAGAACUGAACGGUCAGAUUCUUCAAUAAGCUCGCUAUAAUAGCCCGAACAAGGUGGUAGCACCAAUAAACGCAAUGAAAUUUUGUAUUGAAGAUAGGGCAACCCAAACUACGAGCCAAAAGAAAUAACUGAUUAAACCCCUAUCUCGAACAAAAAGAAGUGCUACAAAAGAUUUAAACGAGUUCAGGCAGCAUUUACAAACCCAGCAGGCACAGUAUUUUCAAUAUAGUUUAUUCACCAGCCCAUAUUCAUUAGACUUUUAUAAUAUAUAGUAGAUUUGAUGAGAUAGAUUACUUGCGAUACUUACAAUAGAAACCGAAACAAAAAAAAGCAGUAAUAUACACGUGUUCCAUUUAUAUUUUUUUAAUCAUUUAUUUAAUCAGUUACAUAAUCCCAAUACUAAUCUACUUCAACUAUCGAGUACUCGAUUCCUCAUUGUGCUAAUGUUUUCUAUUAUCUACUGUAUUAGUCAGAGCAGCUCAAAUAGCCUUUAAAUGUUACGCUCGGUACUCUAUAAAGCAUCUGGAUAAAGCAAGCCUGCCUUCGUCAGCUCUGAUUCAGUGAGGUGACGUAUUCAUUUCUAUGAGAUGUAUCUUUUUAUUUUCACUUUUACAAAACGCUGUCCACAAAAAGCUCGUCAUAGGUAACGAGGUCAAGAUGGAUUCUGACUGCGUCUGUUUUGAUUUCUAAUGUCACUGUGGAUAAAGUUAAAAGACAGAUGUGUCCAUUUUCUUACAGGCUAGCAGCGACUGGACAGACAUUUAAUGACAAUGUUUAUAAAGCGUGUUUCAGUUAUUAUGCAGCAUAUUUAAUCGGAAACAAAACGCUCUUUAUCAAUUGGCAUCAGCUUUUCCCGUGGUUUUGGAUGUCAGAGGAUUUAUUGGACUCUUUCACGUUCCGAAUGUUUCAUCUGGCUGACGUGUCUUAUUCGCGGUUUCAGAAACGUUAUUUUUUGGGAAAUGAAAACCCCAGUAUGACCUUGGCUUAUGAUCAUCCGUGAUGGUAUGGAUAUGCUUUCUUCAAUUUUAUAUAUAUGUUUAUUAAUAUAUUAUUAGCAUUAUGUGUGUAUGAAAGAGACGCCAGCAGCAAGGACGGUGUAAUGCGUUUCUUUGAGAGAAUUUUCGAACUCUAUUUCGAAGAGAACUACAGUUUUAAUUGGGUCGAAGAGAACACCGAAAAUUUUUCUCGAUUCCGCGAGGCCUUUCAGCGUUCUGCAAUGAAAUCUCCAAAUACGUCUCCUCUCUGCCAGUUUCAAUUAACUAAAAAGUAUAUUUAGGGCCCCCUUAGCCUACUUCGAGACUCGUCGACGCUGUGAUUUGUUCGCGAUGCAGCGAGAACUUACAAGGAAUAGGAUCUACACCGUUUCACGGCUUUAGCAUAACUGGGAAUUUACACACGUCCUAUACCACCUAGGUUUGUAUUUAAUAGGCGAUUAUGAAUAUUUUUACUUAAUAAGCCCCCGCUUUGUUCUACGACGUAACGUGUGUUGCAUUAGCAUUUUGAUAAGCUGUUGCGACAAUCUAUACUUGAACAAGACAAGCGUGAAAAACGUCUUUGUUAUAUAAUUACAAUUAAUUGUAAACGCUUGAAACAUCAACUCUUUUUCAUGAAAUACUUUAUUUUUGAUGUUUUCUUAGACGUAUCUUGGCGAUAGUCAUUGAAUUCGACAGAGAUUAUUGAUGUUCUGUGAUAAAUUGCAGCAGUUAGUAAGAGCAUUGCUGGUUUUUUUUUCUAUAAUCCUUAUCAUCAACUAACAUCAUUUUUUGCAUAGUGCCUGUUAGAUAACGAUAUCGUACACCAUAUUCCUUCAUAAACCGGCCUGUCGAGAGUCCACGAAGAAAAAAAGCUUCAUAGGUAAAUGAUGUAACAACCUAUAGCUCGUAUUGCGACUUAAACAGAGAACGGUUAGAUUAUUCGACCAUACUAAUCUUGGUAGUUGCCCCCACGCAAUCGAGAGGGCACUUCGUAUACAGUGUAUAAUAUAGACAGGCAAGCGACAGAUGGCAAACCUACCUCAGAAUGCUGACUCCAGCAUGCAAGCUACAAGGAGGAAACACCCCUAAAUAAUACGAAGUUGAUUUCUUUUUUGCUUCAAAGUUGUGAACGUUUCAGGGUGUACGAGUUCAGUCGGGGCCACUUACCAUUUUGGCCCGCUUUUAUCUACUAGAAAACUGAAUGGUCUGUCAUAAGAGAUCGUCGCUCGACUUUACCGUUUCGAUAAUAUAAAGUACUAAAGAAUCGGCCAGCGAGAUUGUCUGAUUUGUCUCAUUUCAGUAUCCAUAGUUGACUUGUGCGCACGUGAGAGCGUAGCGGUCCAUUAGCCAUGACAAGCGUUAUUUAAAUCUAUUCAUUCUAUUUAUUGAGGAAUUUUACGUACUGAUUAUUACAGGAAGUCUUCAGCGAGUUCUCGUUCCUGGGACCAAGGGGUGGCUCGCUCGCAAUAAGUCAACACGACAUCAAAUAAAAUAGACCCAUCUGACAGGCAGGUCAAAGAUGAACGGAUUUUUCCCUUGCGCAAAUAUCACAGGAUAAUUUCACGGUGGCCUAGCGAAGUGAAGAAACAUAUCUGUAGAUAAUUUAAUUAUCUUGCUCUUGACGCUAACAAAAGGAAUCCCAGCGACAGGAAGAUAGUUUUUCUAUAAUACGUUUUAUACUUGCACCUUAUCUGAAGUUCCGUUUGUUACAUAUAAAUGAAUGAAUGAAUGAAAUGCGCUCGGCUUUACAUGUUAUACCAGUCAUAAUAAUUUAAUGAAUCAAGUACUUACAAAGACAAUACUUUUAAUCAAGCACUUGACACAAAAUCAAAAAAAAAACGUCUAGACGAUAAUCAGACGUCGUAGUUGAAGAUGCAUCCCACGUGUGUAUAUAGCAUAUAUUUGAUCUGUGAUACGCAUGGAUUAUACGAUAUAAUUAUACAUAGACUCGCGAAAUCUUGAUUCUUACAACCCGGUAUCAAGUAUUGCAUGUACCGGCCUCCUACAUGAUAUUGACUACUUGAAUUACUGUCCACUUAUAGACACAUAGAUGGACAAUACAGAGCUUCACACAGAUCGAGACUGCUUAGGAAUUGCUAUGAUUCUAACUAUUAUUGACAUCGUCGACAGGGGGCUCUACUUGGUGCUUUCUCGUUUUCUUUAUUCCAUCAAUGUACUGCCCGACUUAUGUUCAUUCGGUAUUUGUCCUACGCUUAGUAAAAAUUCCCCCGUCAAUUAAAGUUGUAAAUUAGCUAUGGCUGGUUUGUUUUCGUUGAGAAUCGGAGAACGUUUAGGGGGCCUUUGUUUGUGUUGUUACGACGGGCUUCUACCAUUUGCUCUAUGAUCUUCUUUUGCCUAUGAGAGGCCGUUUAAUGGCCUCUUUGUCGAACGGCCCUCCCUUCAACGAGAAAGGAGCACAGAUAUUUAAGUGACCUACACUGCAGAGUUCAAAUAUCGUCUGCAACAACCGGCAGUGGCUAUCGUCGUUAUCGCUUUUUGAUAAAGUUUCGUUCGCUUUUUCUCAUCAGUGGUAUAACCGAACCACUGUAAGCAAAGUAAUAGUAGUAAGGUGACUACCGAUGUGUGUGGUUGUACCGAUGUCAUCAGCUAUCUCUGAGCAUGCGCUAUAUCAAUGGACGACGUAAUUGGUUCGCCUCGCUCUGCUUUAUUAGCCACCGAGGGCGGCGGUAGCAAAAUGCAACUCCUUUUACUAUUCCUUCUAUUAUGGUUCCUAAAGGAUUUUCGAGUGUGAUACAUACGGUGUAUCUCAAAGGCGCAAAAUCGCGUCUCAACACUCGUCGUCGCACAACCAAUCAGAUAUCUUUCACUUUCACUGUCUUUCUCCUUUCCUCUAGAAGAGCACAGGACUCGAAGGUCAAGCUGAACCUAAUAAAUUUCACAGCCUGCACGUAACCAGUUGCGGCUGUUUGUGUCUGUCUAGAAGCCAAACAGACGUCAUCCCCUAUGUACAUAGAUGCACACCGAAGUCGCCAUUUCCGGCAGAGUCACCGAAACGUGCGUUUAUAACGGAAAACGGGUGCGCAGAAUCCGUGUAUAGUUAUUUACUGUGAACGGAACGCUUCACGUAAGAGCCAAACAUCAGUGGAUUAAAUCGGCGUCUUUUAAACCAGCAGUCGAUGCCCACAUUACCAUCGCCUCGUUCGGGAUAAGUUAACCCUAGUUUUCUCGUGGACUUCGUCACUCGACAGGACGAUUUAUUUAAUGCGACCCGCAAGAAAAAUUAGUGUCCAAGUUAUCGUCUACUUUGUGAAGUGCAUUCGAAUUUUUUUUUUUAUUAGAAAGACGAUUGAAUAGUCCUAAAUCAAGAACAACAUGUUAAUCAUUGAACUUAAGCGAAAAGUAGUAAAAAAAGAAGUGAUGAAAGGUCCCCACCUCUCGGUUGGAAGCAGGAAUGGGUCGUCAUUACGGAAGGUGGCUCUUGGUCGCACAAGCCAAGACGAUCCUUAAUCAAACUGAAGCCAAUACCUUCUCGUCACUCCAUCAGCAGGCAGACAAUAAUGAACGAGCGCACCCGGGCACUAGAGCGAGAACUAACAAAAAGAUUUCGACAAAGGGUUCUCGCUGGAAAAGGUUCUGCAGGUUAAAUCGGCGACGCGCACGAUGACGGUUCCCGGGACAAAAGCGGUAUUGCCGGCCGCCACGAUCAACUCGUCGCUUACGAAUAUUGGCGUGUUGUGGGCUAUCCUGUCACUCAGUUCAGCCGUCCUUAGUGGCGUGGGUUUCUACUUGCCGUUCUGGAUUCAAGGGGAAAUUUUCAAUCGAACGACAGUUUAUUUUGGAUCGUUUCGGCGGUGCAACUAUCCCCGACUGCUCGAGAACGGAAGAUUGGAAAUCGUCUUAGAGUGCGGCAGAUACGCAUCGUUCAGCUCAAUUCCAUCGGCAGCUUGGCGUGCAGCUUCCGUCCUGAUCGGGAUCGCAGCGUCACUAGCGCUACUUGUGGCGUUCAUCGCUUUGAUCGGAUGUUUCACGGCAGACGCUGUCAACUCAUUUCUGGCGAAAACUCUUGGUUUCAUCCAACUCGUUGCUGGCCUUUUCGUGGCAGCUGGACUAGGGCUUUACCCACUUGGAUACGGGAAUCCACAGGUGAAAGAGGCAUGCGGUGACAUAUCUGAACCAUUUCAUCUCGGGCCAAAGUGCAAGUACUCAUGGUCAUUAUACAUGUUAUCGGUGGCCACGCUUUCACUUUGGCUGUGUAGUGCAUUAUCGUUGAAAGCAUCACGAAUGACUCCGCAUUUCUACCGUAUCUGACACAAGGCCCAGCUGGUCGAAGCUCUAAACCAUCAAGCAGCUAUUUCUCAAAUCAUACAGGGUACGGAAAUAGCCGUACCAUCAAACGCACAGGUCGUAACGCAGGAGUCGCUGGAGCAGGCUUUCGUUCAGUCUCAAGCAAUUCUAACUGGCACCCCGAACGAAGCUGCUGGCUCCGUCGCUCCUGUAGCAACUCAGCAUAAUGCAUGGAAUAGCACUCAUACGAUCGGGGCUUCAUCGAAAUUGUUACUCUCUCGAACUACAACGGUAGCACAUGGCGAUGUCGAGCUUGCGUCAAUGAUGGCCUCUUCUCACCGUGCGACAUCGGUUGGAAACAACUUAUGACGAAAGCCCAAGCAUAUGUUCACGGUCCGGUUUGCCGACGAACCCGUUGUGGCCUGCGAAUAAAGCGUCACUUCCAUUUGUCGUUCCGCAUAAAAGCAACUAAUGGCUAUAGAACAACGCGGAUGCUGCAACGUUAUUUGGACAAAAAUGGUUCUCAUCGUCACAUUGUGGAAGCAAAUUUUAUCUGCUUGUCGCGUAUAUGAAAAUUUACAUAUAUAUAUAUAUAUAUAUAUAUGUUGGUGUCUUUUUUGGAGAGAAAAAUAUCGAAUUGGACAACGUAACAGGCAGUAUUUACAAGACAAGUAUGGAAUAUUGCUACAUGUCUAGGAGUUGAGGUACGCUGAAUAAAUUGUGAACAUAACAAAAUCUAAGACGGUGACUGGAACAAAUGAAAUAAAAAAAAAAGACGUAUUUUAUGAGAAUAGCAAUUGAAGCAAGCCAAAAAACAGGAAGAAAUAAGGCUUCUUUUAGAAUAUGUUUAGUGCCUUAGUGGUUGGUCCUAGGGAAGGGGAACUCCUUCUUUAUUAACAACGUAUAUCUUGGGAACAACAUUAAAGCACCAGAGCAAAAAUAGUAAAAAAGGUGGCCGAAAAGGGUGUUAGGCAGAAGACGUCUGACGCCUUCGCAGGCUAAGUCCAGGCUGAGGUCCUCUAUUGCGGGACCGUCUAACUAGUCAGUUAUACAGUAUCGAUAACGACAAUAUGUAAGAUAAAAAAGGAUUUAUUUGCCGACAAAUGGAACACUAUGUACAUUACUGCAAUCAACAACACGUACGACAUCCAUGUAACACUACAGAGAAGGCCAUUUUGAAAAGUUCACACGUUCGUACACAGUAGCAAGCACAUUAAUUCACACAAAUCGAUUCAUCAACUAGUUACAUAGUCAUCCAAAGCUAGCGCGGCUAACUUCUCUUCUGUACAUGAUGUAAUGCAAUAUAAUAUUAUUAUGUAGAAUAAAUUCAGUCUUGUGAUACCUACUUAGUC